AUGUGGAGUGCCUGGUCCCCGUGCUCCGCCUCCUGCCUAGGCGGCACGCAGAGUCGCACGCGCAGCUGCACACUGGCCGACUGCUCCACAAACAUUACGCUCUGCAAUGGCGCUGCGCUCGGUGACGAAGACUCGGAAUCGCAGUCUUGCAAUGAGGGCUGCUGCCCCGAGGAUGCGACCUGGGACACAUGGUCCUCCUGGUCCGAUUGUUCCGUGACCUGUGGUCAGGGGACUGAAACGCGCCAACGCACCUGCGGUACCCCUGUCUGCGGUGGUGCCACUCUAUGUGAUGGCGCUGCUAGCGGCGAAACUGACACCGACUCGCGCACCUGUGACACAGAAGUCUGCUGCCCCGUAGAUGGGGCCUGGACCGCUUGGAGUACGCCUUCUUCGUGCUCCGUCACCUGUGGCAGUGGCGUCCGCACUCGCACCCGCCAAUGCAGCAACGCUACUUGCGGCGGCGCUCAG